ACUUGCUCACCGAAGCUAAGCAAAGGCAGAGGCAGCAGUAAAAAUAUCCCCUCACCACCGCUACUAUUAUUAUACCAUUACUCUACUACAGCUGCUAUCAUUACUACAUACAUGUCCACCCAAAGUCGAGCAGUUGGCGGCACCGAGCACAACUGGUGCCGAGCGGUGGUCGGGGGAACCGGGAUAGCCGUCUUGGCUAUCAUUUCUUCCAAAAACCCCGACGUUUCACAUCUUAAAAAUGCCCUCCACAAGCUCCAAAUCUCCCAUCCCAUUCUUAGGUCUCGCCUCCAUUACAGUCCUACUGCCAACAGUUACUCCUUCGUUACCUCCCCCUCCCCUUUCAUUCAAAUCAAGUACUUUAACCAUUCUACAACUUGUCAAAUCCUUGAAAACAACCAAAACAUCUCACCCCUUCAUUUGAUUCUCGAACACGAGCUUAACAAAAACGCUUGGGUUAGUUCUUCAUGUACCACCAAACACGACGUGUUUUUCGCCAGUGUUUACGCCUUGCCUGGUGCAACAAGGUGGGUGUUGGUGCUCCGCCUACAUGCGGCUGCUUGUGACCGGACCACGGCGGUGUCGUUGCUGAGAGAGUUGUUGACGUUAAUGGCUAUUGAGGAGGAGGAAACAGGGUUUCAGCAAGGUCAAAAAGAAAUUACGAUGAACAAAGGAGAGAUCAGUUUGGCCAUGGAAGAUAUUCUUCCUAAAGGCAUUGUUAAGAAAACACUUUGGGCACGAGGAGUGGACAUGCUAAGCUACUCUGUUAAUUCUUUAAGGUUCACGAACUUGAGGUUCAAAGAUGCCAAAUCUCCUAGAUCUACUCAAGUAGUGAGGUUGCUUAUCAACCCUGAUGACACUCAGAAGAUCUUGACUGGUUGCAAGGCAAGAGGGAUUAAGUUAUGUGGAGCAUUAGGAGCUGCCGGGCUGAUUGCUGCACACAGUUCUAAAAGCCGUUCAGAUCAUCAAAAGAAGAAAUAUGGCGUUGUAACACUCACAGAUUGCCGCUCAAUUCUUGAACCUCCGCUCUCCAAUCACCAUUUCGGUUUUUACCACUCAGCUAUUCUGAACACGCACGCCAUCAAAGGAGGAGAGAAGCUUUGGGAGCUAGCAGAGAAAGUGUACACCGUAUUUACACACUACAAGAGCUGCAACAAGCACUUGUCAGACAUGGCAGACCUGAAUUUCUUAAUGUGCAGGGCCAUGGAGAACCCUGGCUUGACUCCAUCUGCCUCAUUGAGGACAUGUUUGAUAUCGGUCUUCGAGGAUACGGUGAUAGAUGAGUCUAGUAACCAGCAAAAUCAAGUCGGCGUAGAGGACUAUAUGGGAUGCGCUUCCGCUCAUGGCAUCGCGCCGUCCAUCGCGAUAUUCGACACCAUACGAGAUGGGCGACUGGAUUGCAUUUGCGUUUAUCCUUCGCCGUUGCAUUCAAGGGAACAAAUGCAGGAGCUGGUUGAUAAUAUGAAGUGCAUACUUGUGGAUGCAGGGAAGAAUGUUGCUGAUGAAACUGAGAGUUAAGGAGCCAGUCUGGUCUUUGUCUGUUGGCUCUUCGGCUUACAAGUAGUGUGGCGUGGCCCAAUUCUCCUCCCUAGCUUCAUUUUAAGUCGAGAGCUGCCAUUGACCCUCUAGGAAAUAAGCAGUUUGGUUUCUUAAUUGUUGCUAUGUUUGUCUUGUCCUCAUUUGCGCAUGCCAAGUUCGCCAAUCUAAGGGUUUUUUUUUUUUAUGCCAAAAAAAUUAUCAAU